GAGCCCUGAGGGGUACCGGGACCCCAGGGGUGUGGGAGCAGUCCAGCCGCGGUGGGUUCUCCCCACGGGCCUGCUGCUGGACUGCCCGCGCGGUCAGGAACAGCAGAUGUCUGGGCAGGGCCCUCUCCUGACGGGGCUGGCCGUGGGGCCCUCGGCGGAGACGGCAGAGCCGUCCUGUAGCUGCCAGCACAGAUUUCCAGCCCCCAGGAUAGGGUCCUCGGGGGUGGUGGCGCCCCAAAGCCUGUCCAGUUCUGAGCCGGAAGCGCGACCUGCCCAGUAGGAACCAGGCUCGCGAAGGCUCUCUGGGACCAGCCUGCCGCGAGUGGGCACCCGGCUGCAAGCACAGGCGCCAGCCCUUCCCCGCCUGUAGCAUAUGGGCUUUGGCUGGGAGCAGCCCUGACGAUCUGGGUCAGGAGCCCCCAGCUCGAAGGUUAUCUGCUUCCCUUCUUGUCAGCCAAAGGGGAGCCGAAGGUACACUUUCUUGGCCCAGUGGGGGUCGUGGAUUGGGCCUGCAGGGUGGAGUUUGGGAUCAGGCUCUCUUGGUGGGGUGGUAGCCCCAAGGCCCCUGUGCAGCUUUAGGCGGAGCGCUUCCUAGGGAAUGUGGCUGGGAGGAGGUGAUGACUCAGGCCAGCUGGAUCUCUCUGGUCCCCAGCAGGCCAUCUCCCCUCCCUGGGGGCCUCAUCUUGUGCCACUUGCCCCAGGGGCCAGCCCUUGGACAGUUGUGGGACCCAGUGCUGAGAGCGGUGACCCCAGGCAGUGGCAUCUCAGGGGAAUGGGGUGGUGAUGGAAGGGAGCAUGAUGGCCUCAGCCUCACACCAUUUGGCCUUACAGCUGCAGCCAACAUGGGUGAGCCCCAGGGGUCCAUGCGGAUCCUAGUGACAGGGGGCUCUGGGCUGGUGGGCAGAGCCAUCCAGAAGGUGGUAGCAGAUGGGGCCAGGCUGCCUGGAGAGGACUGGGUAUUCGUCUCCUCCAAGGAUGCUGAUCUCACGGAUGCUGCACAGACCCGAGCCCUAUUUGAAAAGAUCCGGCCCACACACGUCAUCCAUCUUGCUGCAAUGGUGGGGGGCCUGUUCCGGAAUAUCAAAUACAAUUUGGAUUUCUGGAGGAAAAAUGUGCACAUCAACGACAACGUCCUGCACUCGGCUUUUGAGGUGGGCGCGCGUAAGGUGGUCUCCUGCCUGUCUACCUGCAUCUUCCCUGACAAGACCACCUACCCUAUUGACGAGACCAUGAUCCACAACGGGCCUCCGCACAGCAGCAAUUUUGGCUACUCCUACGCCAAGAGGAUGAUCGAUGUGCAGAACAGGGCCUACUUCCAGCAGCAUGGCUGCACCUUCACCGCUGUCAUCCCCACCAAUGUCUUUGGGCCCCAUGACAACUUCAACAUCGAGGACGGCCACGUGCUGCCAGGCCUCAUCCACAAGGUGCACCUGGCCAAGAGCAGCGGCUCAGCCCUGAUGGUGUGGGGUACGGGGAAGCCGCGAAGGCAGUUCAUCUACUCACUGGACCUGGCCCGGCUGUUUAUCUGGGUCCUUCGGGAGUACAAUGAAGUGGAACCCAUCAUCCUCUCAGUGGGUGAGGAGGAUGAGGUCUCCAUCCAGGAGGCAGCCGAGGCUGUGGUGGAGGCCAUGGACUUCCACGGGGAGGUCACCUUUGAUACAAGCAAGUCGGACGGGCAGUUUAAGAAGACAGCCAGUAACGGCAAGCUGCGGGCCUACCUGCCUGACUUCCGGUUCACGCCCUUCAAGCAGGCUGUGAAGGAGACCUGCACCUGGUUCACAGACAACUACGAGCAGGCCCGGAAAUGAAGUGCGGUGGUGGGAGCAGCGCCGGCUGCCCCCCGAGGCCCCAGGGGCCCCUCAGCUGGCAAAGCCCAGUAGCAACUACCCUCAGACCCUGCCAGAGUCGAGGGCACUGCCCAGCAACCUGGGCUCACGUUCCACCCCUUCUGCCAGGGUGGCUCCGGGCGGCUGCCCAGCAGGACCACCAGUCAUGUGCAUCCUCAGGGAAACCAAGGCCUGGCCAGGCGGGGCACCUCGCUCCCCAAUGCUGGUCCUUGGGUCCUGAGUGUGUCCCCUUCUGAUCCUGCUGUCCUGCUCCCUGGGAGCCAAUAAAGUGCAUUUUCACAGG